AUGCUCUUCCUCUUCAUGAUCACGUUGUUUGUGCCGGUGGUACAUUCAGCUGGUUCACCGUCUCUUAGAAUAGGCUUCUAUAGACGAUCUUGUCCAGCCGCCGAAUCCAUCGUCAGAAGAAUCGUGAGAAGGACGGUGUCUCAAAAUCCCGGCAUUGGUGCAGGACUCAUUAGGUUGCACUUUCACGACUGCUUCAUCCGGGGUUGUGAUGGUUCAGUGUUGCUGAAAUCCCUCCCAAGUGGCCCGAAAGCAGAGAGAGACCACCCGGAUAUUUUGAGAGGGUUCAACAUCAUCGCGAGAGCCAAAAGAAGAAUCGAACGUGUCUGCCCUAACACCGUCUCGUGCACCGACAUUCUCGCUUUCGCCGCCAGGGACAACUCCCAAUACUCGGACGCAUCAACUACCCUGUCCCCGCUGGCCGCCGUGAUGGCAUCGUCUCCAGCUUCAACGAGGAAAGGGUUGUCGGCGGACGAGAUGGUGACGCUCUCCAGUGCGCAUUCCAUCGGCAGGUCCCGCUGUUCCUCGUUCUUGGCGGAGAGCCCGGCGACAAGGGGGUACGUGGAUGUGAACGCCAGGUACGAUGUGGCGUGGGCUGCAAAAUUCGGUAGGGCGAUGGUGAAGAUGGGCUCCAUUGAUGUUCUUACUGGGAACCAGGGUGAGAUUAGGAGGAGGUGCAGCAUGGUCAACUGA